AUGAGGGAUCAGAUAGACCUGCUGGCCACGGUCACAGUGUUGGGAGUCCUGGAGCAAGCCUAUUUCGUGCUGCAGGUGAUCUAUGCCCGACGGAAGCACAAGAUCUCCCCUCCUGAGACAAGAGGUCACCCUGAGUUUGAGAGGAUCUUCAGAGCUCAGGCAAACUGCUCAGAGUACUUCCCAAUCUUCAUUUCGCUCCUUUGGGUUGCUGGAAUCUUCUUCCAUCAAGGUGUGACUGCAGCAUGUGGGCUGAUGUACCUCUACACUCGCUUCAGGUACUUCCAGGGAUAUGCUGUGGCUGCACAGGGACGGUUGGGACCACUGUAUGCCAGUGCCUGGCUGCUCUGGCUGCUGCUGGGGAUGGCACUGUUUGGGCUCCUGGCACACUUCCUGCAGCCUCACUCCUCCACAUGGAUGGCAGCACUGGUGCAGCCCCUCCAGCCACACAGAGCCUGGUGA